GUGAAGGAGAUGGCGAGACUGUACCUUAUCCUGGUCCUUGUUAGUCAAACCUGCGGGGACAUCUACCUCCACAACAUGAGAGGCUCCAACAACAGGCUCGGGGAGAACUCCGCGACGAGAACCAAUGCCAACAGAAUGUUCAAUUCUCAGAACAACAACCGAGGAGGCUACAAUGUGGGUGAUGCAACAGACACGCCCCAUGGCACUGAUGAAGGCAAACAGUACCGCAUGAAAUAUUUUCAAAGUGGCCCCGUGAAGACGUUACAGAACGGCGCUGGGGAAAGUAGGCUGGUGCUGGGAUGGACCAAUCAGCAUGGGUGUGGAGGGAAUGAGGACAACAGUCCCCAGAAACAGAACUGUGCCCUGAUACUCCAGUACCUAUGUCAGGACGACGUCGACACACCCACAGGUACUGCAGACACACUGAGGAACGGUGUUACUACGAAGACACAGGACUACAAGAAGCCUGACAGUCUGACCGAGUCCAAGUCCGAUGCCCAGACUAGGAAGGAUGACAACGUCAAGUCUGACCGCGGACUCCAUGAAUCCUGGGCCUGGUAUGACAAGUGUUAUCUUCGGGAACGGAACAAGGGGCUGUUCAAUGCCGACCAGAAACUGAAGACCAACAAUGGCCUUGGCUACAGCAGUGCCACCUACACCCGCCAGAACCCUCAGGGAAAUCGCUAUGGUUACGAGUGUCCCGAGGAAAGAGAUCAUUUUCCCUACUGGCAUCCAACACCCUGGAAGGAUAUUGCUGUCCUGGCGGAGAACGCCUCCAUGUGCAGCUACUACCAGAGUCACAGCUUCAACGUGCAGCCCAAGUCGGAGUGUGUGGAGAUGUACCCAGACAACACGAGGCGGCACUUCUCCCGCUGGAACAAUCAGGCCGAGUGUGUUGCUAAUGGCGGACAGUGGGUGGAGCUACACAACUACCUGGAGAAGGCCCCACAAUUCACAAGUGAGUCCGCGUGUCGGAAUGCUCGGUCAGCGGGACUGACGUACAUCUGGGCGGUGCCAUACGACGCCCAGCAGGUCACCGCAAAGCAGUGCCUUGUUCAGCUCAGUCGUCCUGAUUGUUCAGAAGCCCCUUGGUCCAGGUCUAAUCACCUUGGUAACGGUGUUGACGGAGAGCCGCUGAACUACACGUGGGUGCUGCCACACUUCCCCUCAGGCAAAACAAAACGCUGCGUGUUUAGAAUCAGGUACAACAUUUCUACCGAUGAUUAUGAUCCCUAUCACACAGACUCCAAAUACAACGGAAAUAUGUCGCCAAUUAAAGGAAAUCCCUACGUAGAUAUCGGCGUUGGUCGCUCCUCACUCAGACUGAACAUCAACACCAACCAGUACGGCCGGAUCUUCCAGGACCGAAGUCACGUGUUCCUCCUCCGACCCCGGCCAGCGGGGAUGCAGAACGACAUCAUACACAACCUGAACGUGCGCGGCAAGCGUGGCAACAUCGUGCAGGUGUACCCAGCGGUGGAGUACGACUUUGUGCCCAACAACCUCUACGUGAAGACAGGAGAGCUCGUACACAUACAGUGGACAGGAUCCAACACUCAUAAAAAUGGACCAAAUGGUGGCGAUGGACAGACAGGUGACGAUGGCGAGGGAAAGACAGCCACAGACAGGAACAACUUGGUGGAGAUCUUUGACAGAAAUGACAACUACCCUAUCCCCUUUGAGAAGACCACCAUGUGGUCCGGUGCAGAGAUCAAGUGGAUCUACCACGGGAAGACAUCAGUGUCAUCCAAGAACCUGGCCGUCAAUAUGGCCUCCGCCGGAUACUACAGGUGUAUCAAGACGGUUGAUUGUUCCGAAGCUCCUCACCAAGACUACACUGUUGAGAGCCGAGACAAGCUACAGGACCAGCUGAACAAUGCUCCAGCCUCGUACGAAGGAGCUGUGGUGAAGUUCAGACAAGGCACCUACCACUACAUGUGUACCCGCAACAACAACUUCACCAACAGGAGCCAGAAAGGGACCAUCAUUGUAUCAUAGAAGCAGCUUUAUCCAUCCUCGUCCAUCAAAGACUUUAUUGGAGACAUGUCACGGUUUACUUUGCUAUGUUUACACUAAGUACU